AUGAACAAGCAGCUUCUGCAGACGCUUCCCCUGGCGAAGGGGAAAGACAUCCACAACCGAGUGGCGAAACUGGCGCUCUACAAGGAGUGCAUCGCCCUUGCCAUGAGUGUUGGUGACCCACUCGUGCGGAAGCACACGCUGGCGGAGGUGAGGGAAAAGUGGACGCAGAGCCGCGGUGACGGUGGGCAAACACUUCAGUUGCAAAUAGCGAGCGCGCUUGAUCGUAUAUCAUACGGCCGUAUGUGCGUCUCAAAGCAGCGCCUGCGGCUAAUCCCGAACGCCAGCGAGAAGUACGACUGGGACGUCGUCAACCCCCUUGAACACCACGAGCGCCGCAUCCGCAAGCGUGCGGAGAAGGAGAACCCUGACGCAUUUCCGCACGGCGAGGGGAAGCGUGACUUCGUGCCCAUGACAAACUGGGGCUACGCCAACAUGGACCCCGACGCCGUCAUGCGGCACAAGGAGCUGACGGACCGGCAGCACUUCAUGGGGCCGCACUGGCGCAACAAACCGAAACCAAUGAUCCUCGAGGACCUCAGUUUCGAGGAGCAGCUGCACGUGCAGUUUCAGAGCAAGCCGAAGAUGAAGAGGACUCCAAAGAAACACUAUUGA